AUAAGCAUGUUAAAGUGGGAAAGUUGCACUGCUGAAAACUGAGAAAAGGACCUGGCACAAAGUAUAUGAGGUAAAUAUGGGGAACCAAGCCACUAAAUCCAACAAGAAUGUAAUACUGCACCAGAUUAAGCCGAAUACGCAACGGGAGAACAAUAAUGUAAUACUGAAGCAGAUUACGCCAAAUACGCAAUUGGAGAACAAUAAUGUAAUACUGCAGCAGAUUACACCGAAUACGCAAUGGGAGAACAAGAAAGUAAUACUGCAGCAGAUUACGCCAAGUACGCAAUGGGAGAACAAGGUGAAUCAAUGCCCAUUUUCCAAGCAAGUGAAGAACUACCAGGAUGGCUUGUGCCAUCAGGACACAUUACAUCACAGAGCGGUUAAGAGCCAGAUUUGCAUGUCUGAAGUCUGUGAAGGCUCUAUUAUGACUCCAAAGGCUAUGACACGCUGUCCCUCCUCCACCCUGCCAGGCUCCGAUGACAACCUCAUGCAAGCUAUUGACUUCAUCAAUCAGUACUACAAGUCAAUUAAAAACUCAAAAAUCGAGGAGCACCUGUCUCGUUUGGAGGAAGUCGCAAAGGAAAUAGAGGCUACUGGCUCAUAUCAACUCACCACAAAAGAACUGGAAUUUGGGGCUAAGCAAGCAUGGAGAAAUGCACCUAGAUGCAUUGGCAGAGUUCAGUGGGCUAAUUUGCAGCUGUUUGAUGCACGUAAAUGCAGAACUGCUGAGGAUAUGUUUCAGAUGUUGUGCGAUCAUAUUCAGUUCGCUACCAAUGGAGGCAACCUGAGGUCUGCCAUCACUGUGUUUCCUCAAAGAACUGAAGGCCAACAUGAUUUCCGUGUAUGGAAUAGUCAGCUCAUACGAUACGCUGGCUAUAAAAUGACAGAUGGUACGAUAAUAGGAGAUCCUGCCAGUGUUGACUUCACAGAGAUUUGCAUCCAGCUUGGGUGGACACCAAAGUAUGGUCAAUUUGAUGUGCUUCCACUGGUGUUACAAGCUAACAGUGAGGACCCUCAGUGUUUUGAAGUUCCCCAACAUUUGAUUUUGGAAGUUCCCAUGGAGCACCCACAGUACAAGUGGUUUAAGGAUUUGAACCUCCGAUGGUAUGCAUUGCCUGCGGUGUCCAACAUGUUGCUGGAGAUUGGUGGUCUUGAAUUCCCAGCGUGUCCUUUUAACGGUUGGUACAUGGGCACUGAGAUUGGAGUGAGGGACUUCUGUGAUACCAAACGCUACAAUGUUCUUGAGCGGGUUGGCCGUCUAAUGGGUUUGGAGACACAAAAACUAUCCUCGCUAUGGAAGGAUCAGGCUCUGGUGGCCAUCAAUGUCGCAGUGAUGCAUAGUUUUCAGAAAAAUAAGGUCACCAUUACCGACCACCAUUCUGCAUCAGAGUCCUUCAUGCAGCACAUGGAGAUGGAGGUACGUCUGCGAGGAGGCUGUCCAGCUGACUGGGUCUGGCUGGUGCCACCGAUGUCUGGAUCUCUAACCCCUGUGUUUCACCAGGAAAUGCUGAACUACAUUCUGUCACCCUUUUUCUACUACCAGCCUGAACCGUGGUUGACACACAAGUGGAAGAACAAGAAGAGAAAUGUGAGGAAGCAUACAAUCAGCUUCAAAGGACUGAUCAGAGUAGUGCUCUUCUCUCAGAUACUCAUUAAAUCAGCCCUGGCCAAGAGGGUGCGUUGCACUGUUCUCUACGCCACAGAAACAGGGAAAUCACAGACUUUUGCUAAGAGACUAAACACCAUGAUGAACUGUGCCUUCAGCUCCCAGGUCGUUUGCAUGGAGGACUACAACUUCAGUGAACUUGAGAAGGAAAGCCUGUUAAUUGUUGUCACCAGCACCUUUGGCAAUGGAGACUGUCCAGGAAAUGGAGAGAGUUUCAAGAAGCAGCUUCUCAGCCUGAACAACCUCAGAAAUAAAGUCAGGUACUGUGUGUUUGGUCUCGGCUCUCGAAUGUACCCACACUUCUGUGCGUUUGCCCAUGCAGUGGAUGAUAGGUUUGCAGCACUGGGAGCCAUUCGUGUGUCUGCCACAGGAGAGGGAGAUGAGCUGAACGGACAGGAGGAAGCUUUCUCAGCCUGGGCUUGCACUGCCUUUAAGAAUGCAUGCAAGGAGUUUAAUAUUCAAGGUCAGCUUCCAGGAAAAGAAGGUCUGGCAGAUUCCUGGGAUCCACAGAGGCACAGAGUUCAGAAUGACAGUUGUACAGUUGACCAAAUCACAGCUCUGUCAGCUCUCCAUUCUAAAGUUGUGGUUCCCAUGAAACUAAAGAGAAAGCAGAAUCUACAGAGCCCAAAGUCAAGUCGUGCUACAAUAUUGGUGGAGUUAGAGAUGGAUGGGAACACAGAGCGCUUAAACUUUGUCCCUGGAGACCAUGUAGGGAUUUUCCCAGGGAACUCAUCUGAAUUAGUAGCUGGCAUCCUGAAGCAUCUGGCCAGUGCCCCUCCUAUAAAUCAGAGCCUAAGCUUGGAAUUCCUCAGUGCCUACCCUGAUGGUGAAAGGUGGCAGAGAGUUGAACGAAUACCACCAUGUCCUCUUGCCCAAGCUCUUACCUACUAUCUGGAUGUCACCACCCCACCCUCACAAAGCCUCCUCCGCAAACUCUCAAAGAUGGCAAAGCUUGAAGAUCACAGACAGCGCCUGCUUGCAUUAGCAACAGAUUUCCAAGUCUACGCAACAUGGAAGGAGUUCCACAAACCUACUUUCCUUGAGGUGCUAGAUGAGUUUUCCUCUCUGGAAAUUUCUGCUGCCUUUCUCCUCAGCCAGCUGCCUCUAGUGAAGCCACGUCUCUACUCCAUCAGCUCCUCCCCAGACCUCCACCCUCAGGAGCUCCACCUCACUGUGGCCGUGGUCAGCUAUCACACACAGGAGGGAAAAGGUCCGCUGCAUUUUGGUCUUUGUAGUACCUGGCUCAAUACCAUCAAAGAAGGAGACAUGGUGCCAUGUUUUGUCCAUAGCUCUGAUGGUUUCCACCUUCCAUCCGACCCUAGUGCUCCCUGUAUUCUUGUGGGAGUUGGGAGCGGCAUUGCUCCAUUCCGUAGCUUUUGGCAACAGCAAUUCCAUGACAUGAAAAAAACAGGUCUGAAAGGGAAUCCAAUGACACUCGUGUUCGGGUGUCGAGGUUCAGAUACUGAUCAUCUUUACAAAGAAGAGACUCUGGACAUGAGAGAUAAUGGUACCCUAAGCAGUAUCACAACCGCUUACUCUAGGCAGACUGGACAACCCAAGGUUUAUGUCCAAGAUAUCUUGCGAGAACAAUUGAGUGACAAGGUCUUUGAGGUUCUGCACCAUAAUCCAGGACAUCUGUAUAUCUGUGGAGGCAUGAACAUGGCCCAUGAUGUGGCUGCCACUAUCAAGGAAAUCCUAGUCAGCCGGCAGGGCAUCACUCUUACUCAGGCUGAGGAAUAUCUGUCAAGGCUCAAGAAUGAAAAGCGGUACCAUGAGGACAUCUUUGGAUCCUAGUGCUUGAGAUCAGCUGGACCAUCUCAGUCUUUUCAAUAUUCAAACACACCAAAAAUGGGAGAUUUUAAUAUUUUAAC